ACUUUCAUGCCGUGUUGGAAAAACGUUGCCCGGCGAGUUAUUUUUCAAAUUUGUGUCCGGGAAGUAGCGGGUCGAGAGGGUUGUUUAUCUGUAGUAAGGGGAUUUUGAAACCGCCCCCCGUGCCCCAUUUCCUUGGCUGUUUGCAGCUUUUCGUUGGAUUCUCCAUGUUGGAGCAAUAGCGAGGUCUUUGCAAGGACCCGGGACUGGUCCUUUUCUUUUUUUUUUUUUUCUUUUUUUUUCUCCUUAAAUAAAUAAUAUCAAAAAAGGGAAAUAAAAAAAAAGCGAACUGGAAAAAAAAAUAAAAGGAAUAAAAAGAAAAACUGGAACUGGACGCAAUUAAGAAGUAUAAAACACACUUACCUGUUUAAAAAGAAGAAAAUAAUAAUAAUAAUAAUAUACGGCGUUGGUGGGCUGUGCAUUAGUUAGAUGGAAAGGUCUGUAAUAUGUCAAGUGCAGAAGGAAGACACGGUUCUGCCAUCUAAACAAGGCCUGGUUAAGAAAUCCUCCCCCACCAAGCCUCGAAGCCGCAAUAUCUUCAAAGCUCUGUUCUGUUGCCUCCGAGCACAGAAUGCACCGCAGCCUCCCCCUUGCCAGGACCACUUGCUGCAGACCGAGGAGAACGGCUCGGUUGCUAAGUCUGAUCUGCUUCAAACACUACGUUACCAGUAUUAUCAAAUCCCAGGUACAUGCCUCCUGCCCGAGGUGACCCUGCAGGACCAGGGCAAGGUGUGCGUGGUGAUCGACCUGGACGAGACACUGGUGCACAGCUCCUUCAAGCCAAUCAGCAAUGCGGACUUCAUAGUGCCUGUGGAGAUCGAGGGGACGACACAUCAGGUAUACGUGUUGAAGAGACCUCAUGUGGACGAGUUUCUAAGGAGAAUGGGAGAGUUAUUUGAAUGUGUUUUAUUCACUGCCAGCUUAGCAAAGUACGCGGACCCGGUGACUGACCUCCUGGAUAAGCACGGCGUGUUCCGGGUGCGACUCUUCAGGGAAUCCUGUGUCUUCCACCAGGGCUGCUACGUGAAGGACCUGAGCAGGCUGGGCCGGGACCUGGGCAGGACUCUCAUCCUGGACAACUCGCCCGCCUCCUACAUCUUCCACCCCGAGAACGCCGUCCCGGUGGUCUCCUGGUUUGAUGACCUGGAGGAUGUUGAGCUGCUGAACUUGAUCCCUGUCUUCGAGGAGUUGAGCCAGGCAGAGAACGUUUACACCGGGCUGGCCCACCUGAGGACUCCAUGACAUUAAAAAAAAAAAAAAACACCUUAAGAAAAUACAUCAACAGCACAAGAAACCCCCCCACUGUGCCUUUUAAUAUUUCCAAAAGAGACAGCGCUCCGAGGGAGCCCUCCUGGUGAAACCUCUUUCUCUACUGCUACUUAGUAUUUCUUUAAAAAAAAUAUUAUUCUUCAUUAUUUUGUAUUGUUCUUGUGGGUGUUGUUUUAUUGACCGGGGUUUUGUGUGGAAAGUUUAAGAGCAAUAUGAGGAAACACAGCCAUAUUAAAAAAAAAAAAAAAAAAAAAAGUUUCAAACUUUCAGCCAAACAUGAACCUCUUCCGAGUAAUCUAGAAGUAUUGUGAAUACAUCACAGUGCAAUUGAAAAGCUACAGCUAACAGCCUGUCUCUUGACAUGUUGUUUAAGCAGACACGUUUGGGAUUGCAGGCUCACUGGCAGAAAUUGAUCAAUAAAAGAAAUGCUCUAAAAAGCGUUUGGUGCCAGAUGCUGGAGACAGCUGACAGUUUAACCUUUUGAGCUGUGAGACAAUUAACUCUGCUAUCAGGAACAUAUCGACACAGACCCUCUGUGCAAUGGCUGCAGAUUGGAUCACUAGACCGCAGGGAGGUAGGUUCCAGUUUGAUACUGGAAGGAGAUUUGCAGACCGUGGCUUAUGGUGCCGAUGGAAAUGUGCUGUUAGUUUCUUAUUGGAAACAAUAUCUAGGCUACUAUAAUUAGGUGUGGGUGGAUAAUGUGAGUGCAGUGUUAUAUUGUGGUGAAGACAGACCACUCCUUAGGUGGUGAGGGAGCAGAUUAGUCUCCAAGCUUCAAGCCUGCUCUGGACUGAAGGGAGCACCCUUUCUCUUAGGGGAGGGAGGGAGCAGUUCAGUCUCCAUGCCUCAAGCCUGCCCUGGACUGGAGGGAGCACCCUUUCUCUUAGGGGAGGGAGGGAACAGUUAUAUAGAAUAGAUAUAUUUUUUCUGACUUCCUUACUGGAUUGUUCCUUUCUAGAUACAGUUCUAAAUUUCUAUUGGGACCAAAACUGUAGUUCGGAAAAUUAGCAGUGCUGUAAAGAGAUGAACGGUCUCAGACAGGUUGCUGGAUGUUAGUGAUCUGAGUAUUUUAAAGUAGUUAAGAAGUGAGAACGUCAAGUAGUUUGAUCUCGACGGACAAGCCAACUGGCCCGGUGCUGAGCCUGUGUUUUCUGAUGCUGACCUUGCGCGAUGUAUAUUUGUUUGCCUUAAGUGUUGAGUGCCAGUGAAGUUUACCUGUGGGGCACACGUAGUUUUAAAAGGGAACGGAAUGAUAGUAGGCGGGAUAAAAGGCUGUGAAUGCCUGUGAUGGUUUAGACUUGAAAAUGAGAUGCUUGCUCAGAGGCUCUGCAGAAUCGCUUCUUAAAGGAAGCUGAAGUCUUCACACUUGAUGGCAGUGGUGGGGUGCACGUAACUGUGGUGUGCCGUGUGUAUUCAUGAGCAUGAUCAACUGAACCAGGCAUCUGGAAACACAUCAGAUGGGUUGCUGCACAAACCUUUGAUUGGCUGAAAGGACUAUUGAAAUCCAAAAUGCAGAGGAGAGGUUCAUACCUGCUAUAGUAGGAAAGUGUGGCACCAUUAUUUCUGAUACAAACAGUAUAAAAACACAAACACAACACUUUUUUUUCCCCCUAGAUAUUCCUUUGGCCACCUGAAACAGCUUCCUUAGAAAUCCUGAAACACUUUUUUUCUUAGUAGUUUUGUAUCGUUUUUAAAAUGUAGUUUCAUUUGUUUCUUUUACUUGUGCGGCCUUUAAGCCAAAAAUAUCAAAUGCUGCACAAUUAUCUGUCUCUGCUCGAGAGAAGCCGAGGACUGAAAUGCAGGCAGGGGGUGUUCAGGUCGGUUUUGAAAUUCUCUCCCCUCUCUUUCUUUCUCUGAUCAUCACUAAUGCCAUUUUCCGUCACCUUUUUAUGACCUUAAAAUUUACCAAAUUAAAAAAAAAAAAGUCUUAAAGUGAUGUUAUGGGGGAGAGAUACCUCCUUUUUUUGUUUUUUGUUUGCUGUCAACUCUCUGAAUGGUGCCUUAACAGAAUGGGUUGAUGAUGGUUUGUUUACAGAGCUUGUGAAACUAGCGCCAUUGUGGCUCUAACAUGGAGUCAGCUCUAUAGUAAAACCAUAGAGCCGCUGGAGCCACAAUGGCAGACACCGGGGUGCAGUUUAUAUUACUACUAACUACUCUGUUAAGUUUAUAAUGCUGGGCUAUUUGCAUAGAUCGCUAUCUCAUAUCUUGGGUGUAAAGUCUUAAAUAGCUUAAUAGAAAGAGUCAAAAUUGACACUAUUUUUUAUAUCUAUGAAUCCUAAGAAAAGACGGUUUUGUGGUGGUCUUUUUAUAUAUAUAUAAUUAUCUGUUACAUCUUUGAUUCUGACAAAGCAGUUUGUAGAUGGGUUUCUGGUUUUACAUUAUGUCUAUGCUGAAAAUGCAGUGUAAAUUAGCAGCGAGACAGCAGUGGCGUUGAUGCAUUGUGGACUGGACAGCGGUCUUCUAAGCCAAGGUAGUGUUGUGUGGUGCAAUAUACACGUCAGAGUUUGCACGCCAUGUUAAUGAGACCGGGGAGAGAAAUUAGCAGGAAGCCUGACACCUAGUGGUGAGUUUUAGAAUGGUCAUUUGUCCUCGGUGUAUCUGACAGUAUUUACUAAACUUUAACUCAAUUUUUUUAAAGUAAACGAUAUAUAAAAUGUUUUAAACCGUUUUCUAAACUUUUUCUUGAGUACAUUUUAAAUUGUAUUUAUAGUUAUCCUUCUAAAUUGUGUGUUAAUGAUGUUAUAAUUAACUGCAAACCAAUGGGAAUUUUAAAAAAGGCUAUGUAUUUCUGCAAGGGAUUUCUACAUUAUAAAUAUAUUUUUUUAACUCUCGAGUUAAAGCUUAUUGCCUCCAUACCUUUUUUUGUCCACUAGAAACACUCAGCGAUGUCUUCAGCAAAGCUAACGUGGCAGUCUUGUAAGUGUAUUUAAAUCCCUUGAAUUUGAGCAGUAAGGUUGCUGAGUCUGCCAUGAACUGAUCACAAGCGUUCGAGUCAUUUUCACAAAUUCCUGGCGCUUUUGUAUUUAAAUAGUGCCGAAUGGAAUUAUCCCCCUGGUUGCUGGGCCACUGCUAAUGUUGAAGCCGGACCUUUGCAUCUCUGACUCUUUCACAGGGACACUUUUGUAUCUUUUUAUAAAACUACAAGAAAAAAAAACAGUUUGCAAUAUCAUCUUUCUACUGUAUUAAAAUCAAAGUAAAAUCAAACAGUGCCGAAAUCUUGUGAAAUCAAUCAAUAUUUAAGUCUUGUUAAAUAAAAAAAAUACUCCACAGUAUUUACUGUGCCAUCUGAAGCAUAGUUGUCACGCUUUCCACAUGUUGGUGCAAAAUAUAAAUCUAGGAGAAAUAUGCACCUAUCAUUUUAAAACAAACCUGAAACACUGAUACUGUGUUAAUAAAAAAAAAAUAAUAAAAAAAGAUUCUGUACUGCUUCACAAUACAGGGUAAUUGUAGAAAGACUUUUGGCAUGUUAUGGACAAGCUAAAAUACAGUGUUAAAAAAAUAAUUUAAUAAUUCUGCAGUUUUUUUUUUAAGCUCUCCACAUUGGUGGGCCAUUUUAGGCAAUAACAUUUCUAACAGUCUUCCGCUGCACAACAGCGCACUCUAUGGCUCCCAGCGGUAUUGCUAGAAUGAUGUUUAUCCAUUACUGCAUCCUCCUGUUUGUUUUUAUCGAAUGGUUUUAUAUUGCCACCCUGUGCAGGCACCUACAAGUGGAAUAACUUGACUUCAGUGCUUAAGAGCGGGUAUCCAUUCUCAGUCGUGUGAUGCUACAACUGUAAAGAUUUAUAUAGAACAAGAAGUGGUCUGAAUCAAGCCAAGGUGGUGGGCCAAUGGAUUGGUUUCCAUUUAGUUUUGUGAUUAUUUUUUCUAAGAUUUAUGCUGUACUUCAAAACCCAACAGUGUAAAAUGGUGCUGAGACUUGAUCCAUAAGAUGCCUUAAGGAAACGGAUCAGGCUCUUGUGUAGCGGCGAUAAUCUCUUGUAAGAAAUUCGAAUGUUGACUGUUGACUUGCAGACCAAUGUCCAUCCAACCAGACAGUCCGUUCUUUUCUUUAUAUCUCAGGAGCUGUCGGUGGGAACCCAGUGCUGGGUUGCGUCAUUCUCGCAAUUCAAGGCUGUUCACAAACCCCUCAUUUGAAAUGCUUGGGUUAUUUAUUUCUCGUUUGGUAACUUUAUUACAUGCUUUUUUUUCCUUUCUAAAAAAAACAAAACAAGAAGCGAAUGACGUUUUGAAAGGAAAGCUUUGAGAAUCCAGACCCACUGUGGGUUAACAGGUUAAAACACCUGAAAAUUAGCAGAGUCUAACAGCCCAGACAGCUGGACAGCCACUAAAAUAUACAAAAUAAAAAUGUCAAUAUAUUGUUAGUUCAGGCUUUUGCCACAUACAAUUUUAUUUAAAGAUCCCUUGUUACAUUUUUUUUUAUUAUUUCUGUUGAAAUUCCUCACAGCUUCCAAACGUUUUAAAUGCGUUUGACGUGCGACAAAGAACGAGGAAAACCUUUUCACUGUUUUUUUGGAAGAGUUUGUUUAAAGAACAUACGAAUCCUGGACGGCUGAGUGCUGGACUUCAUAGAAAGGGGGUUAUAAUCUUGCAGUGGCUUCCUUUCUCACACAAUAAUGUUAUUAUUAUUUCAUUAUUUGGCAGAUGCCUUUAUCCGAGGCAACUUCCAGGUGUUACAGGGUUACAAUGCAGGCUUAAUAUUGAAAUACAGUGUAGUUUACUGCAAAUAAUACUACUACUAAAGUACAAUAUGAACUAGAAUGCAACAAGUUAGGGUUAACUUGUACAGAUAGCCCAGGCACAGGUCCCCAGCAAUCAGUCAAGCUUUAUGUUUCAAAUUAUUUUUUUUAGCAGUGUUUUAAAAGUAUUUAAACAGCGUGAAGAUGCAAUGUUCCUUUAAUUGAAUAGUUUAAAACAAAUGGAUUGAACGCUUUCUAUUGACAAAUAUACAGUUUGCUUUGUCAUUUUAAACUACCCUGCUUCUUAAUGUUUUAUUUGACUAAAUUAUGCAUUCCUUAAGAGAUCCAGGGGCCAAAUCUUGUUAUUUUAAAUGUAUUAUCAGAUUGAUUUUUUUUUUUCUAACCAGGUUCAGUAUUGCCAAAACCAAAAGCAUGUCUAUAUAAAAAGGGAUCUUUAAUCUUUUAAUUAGGUUUUCUACGGCUGUAUCAUAAAAAACUUUCUUUAAAAUAAAACACAAAAAGAA